AUGGAACGCGACGCCAGCGUGCACGACCGGGUGCUGUGGGCCCUGCACAUCAGCGGGAUGGACGACCUGCUCAAGUUCUUGGCCAGCGCGCAGGCGGAGCAGCAGUGGGCCCUGCACGUCCUGGAGAUCAUCUCCCUCAUGUUCCGCGACCAGAGCCCGGAGGAGCUGGCGGCGCUGGGGCAGGGGCAGGCGGCCGCCGAGCACGGGGAGGACACGCAGGAGCUGGAGAUGCUGCGGCAGCGGGAGCUGAUGGAGCGCAGGGCACGAGCGCUGCAGCGCCCGUCCAGGCAUUCCCGCUUCGGCGGCUCCUACGUCCUUCAGGGCCUGAAGGCGAUCGGGGACCGGGAUGUUGUUUUCCACAAGGGGCUGCACAACCUGAAGAGCUACAGCCACGACCUGGGCAAGGAGACGCGGCGGGUGCCGCGGAGGCGCCAGGCGGCCCCCGAGGCCGAGCCCCCCCGUCGUUCCGCCCGCAACGUCCGCCUCUUCCUGCGCCACUUCUGCCAGGACUUCUUGGAGGGCUGCUACAACCGCCUGAUGCUGCUGGUCAAGGACCAGCUGGUGAGGGAGAAGGCUCAGCAGCACGAUGAGACCUACUACCUGUGGGCCACCUCCUUCUUCAUGGCCUUCAACCGCCGCCGGGGCUUCCGCCCGGAGCUGGUGUCGGAGACGGUGGGCGUCCGCGCCUUCCACUUCAUCGAGCAGAACCUCACCACCUACUACGAGAUGGCCCUGAUGGACAAGAAGGAGGCGGCGACCUGGGCCCGCCGGAUGCACCUCGCCCUGAAGGCGUACCAGGAGCUGCUGCGGACGGUGCAGGAGAUGGACCGGUCCCCGGAGCAGGCGGUGAGGGACAGCAGCCAGGUCAUCAAGAGCAACAUCUUCUACCUGAUGGAGUACCGGGAGCUCUUCCUCGCUCUCUUCCGCAAGUUCGAUGAGACCAAGCAGCCCCGCAGCUUCUUGAGGGACCUGGUGGAGACGGCCCACCUCUUCCUCCGCAUGCUGGAGCGCUUCUGCCGGGGCCGCGCCAACCUCGUGGUGCAGAGCAAGCGUGUGCAGAGGAAGAAGAGGAAGAAGGCACCCGCAGCCCUGGCCCCGCAGCCGCCCAGCGCCGAGGAGCUGGAGGAGCUGUGGGCAGCGUUGGAUCCCCAGCUCCAGGCCUGCCUGCAGGGCGAGGUGCCUCUCCCUGAGGACGUGGUGCCCUUUGACGCCGCCUUGGAGACGCCGGUGGAGGAGCAGCGCGCGGAGGCCCUGCUGCGGAUCCAGGGGUGCCUGCGGGACGCCCGGGCCCCACAGGCCCUGCAGCUCCUCCGCUCCGCCAGGGACGUCUGGCCCGAAGGGGACGUGUUCGGAGCCGCCGACGCGGGGCCCCCCGAGGAGACCCGGCUGCUGAGGGAGAUCCUCUUCGCCCCCCUGCCCCGGCACGUCCCCCCCGAGGCCGAGGAGCUGGAGGAGGAGGAAGAGGAGGAGGAGGAAGAGGAGGUAGAGACCAUGCAGGUGUCAGAGAAGGAGUUCAACUUCCUCGACUACCUGAAACGGUUUGCCUGCGCCCCGGUGGUGCGGGCGCUGGUGCUGCUGCUGCGGGGUUACGCCCGCAACACCCCCCGCACCAACCACUGCGCCGCCCGCCUGCUGCACCGCCUGGCCCGCGACCUGCGCAUGGAGGCCAUGCUCUUCCAGCUCUCCCUCUUCUCCCUAUUCCACCGCCUCCUCAGCGACCCCGCCGCCGGCGCACACCAGGAGCUGGUGGCUUUGGCCAAGUUCAUCCUGGGCAAGUUCUUUGCGCUGGCGGCCACCAACAAGAAGGCUUUUGUGGAGCUGCUCUUCUGGAAGAGCCCGGCGGCCGUUCGGGAGAUGACCGAGGGCUACGGCUCCCUGGGGGAGGGAGAGGGGGCUGGCAGGAGAAGGCCUCCCCCCUGGACCCCCCAGGAGGAGCAGGAGCUGCGGGAGCUGUACUGGAAGUACAAGGAGGUGGAAGGCGAGGACGUGGUGGCCGCCAUCCUGGCCCAUCUCCCGGGGCGGACGCGGAGGCAGGUGGUGAAGCAGCUGGUGCGGCUGGGACUGGCCACCAGUGCCAGGGACUUCCCGAGGGAGAGGAAGGGCACCCGCAUCGUGCUGUGGACGCAGGAGCAGGAGGAGGAGCUGACGCGGCUCUUCGAGGAGUUCCACGGCUCGGAUGACGUCCUGGGGAACAUCAUGAAGCACCUGACGGCGCGGCGGUCGCGGGCUCGCGUGGUGGAGAAGCUGCUGGGGCUGGGGCUGGUGUCGGAGCGUAAGGAGCUCUACAAGAAACGCCGGAGGAAGAGCCACGGUCCCGGGCAGGGUGCAGCGGGCACCGCGGCGGUGCCAGCCCAGGACAGCUCAGCAGAGGAUGGGGACAGCGAGGAGGAGGAGGAGGAUGAUGAUGCAGAGGAAGGCCCCAUGGAGGAGCACUGGCUGCCCGAGGAAGGGGCUGGGCAGGGUCUGGUGCAUCGUCUGCAUCAGGAAGGUCUGGCCGGGCCCCUGCGGUGGCUGGAGAACUGUCUGCGGAGGGCGGCCGGGGACCGUGAGGAGGACGGCGUGUCCCACCCGGUGCCGCUGGUGCCGCUCUCGGAGGAGAACGAGGACGCCAUGGAGGACCGGCGCUUCCAGGCCCUGCUGAGGCAGCUGGGGCUCCGUCCCCCCGCCAGCGAGCAGGAAUCCUUCUGGCGCAUCCCGGCUGCCCUCACGCCGCAGCAGCUCCGCCGCGCAGCCGCCUCCAUCGCCCACCGCGGCCCCGACCCUUCUCCACCCCCCCAGGGGCUGCCGGAGCCCCCCAGGUGCCCCCAGGACACGGAUCCAGAGCAGCCGCCAUCGGGGCUGGGAUCAGACUCGGAGAGCGAGGAGCCUGUCCCUGUCCCCAGCCCCGUGCAGCCGGGAACCAAGAGGCACCGGGAGCUCGACAGCGAGGAUGAGGAUGAGGGGAGCUCAGGAGCAGAGCCGGCCCCCCCAGUCCCCCCAUCCCCGGGGGACGAGGACGAUGACCCGCAGCCCUGGGGGAGGCGGAAGCGCAUCCGCUGCCUGGAGGAAGAGGAGGAGGAGGAGGAUGAUUGAGGGGCUCCCCGUGUGCUCAGGUCCUGGGCUCUUUUCUGGGUUUUCUGCAGGUUUUAAAGCUGGUUUUAAGGGUGCUGCGAAAGCGGGGGGCGCCUCCCCCCAGCCCCUGCCCCGGUGGUUUUCCUGGUUGUCUCCAUUUCCCUGUUUUCCCCCCAAACUCCCUGUUUUCCUUCAGCUGUUGGGUUGGUUGGUUGGUUGUUUUUGUUUUUUCCCCCAAACAGCUUUUUAAUCUGGAAAUAGACCAAAUAAACAAAUGCAGCUCUCGCUUCUGCCUGCCAUGUGGGUCUGGGGAGGCUGGGUCCCUGGGGGCUGCCCUGUCCCUGCGCCGGGGGACAGGGCCAGGCCCCGUGUGUCGCAAUGGCUCCUGAUAAGGGUGGCUAUAAAGGGGCCGUGGGGGUGGCCGUGGCGGCGGCUGGACGGGGCAGGGACACCGGUGCCGGU